CCCUCCCGAGACCCAGAGUCAAGAAGUAACUCCCACUGACCAGGCUGCUCCUAGGGAGAAGACAAGAUAGACAGAGGGAGAAUCUCAGAAAACACGACCCAGAGAAACAUGGUACCUCAGACUGAAAAGGCCUUCAGGAAGCUAAGGAUCGUCCAGGCUGCCCUGGCACUUUUGGCUAUUGCACUGGCUGCUGCCCUUAAAGUUGUGGUUAUUCUAUAUCUUCAAGGGAAAAAUGGACAACUUGAGAGAGCCAAGGUCUCCAAUGCAGCUCUGAAACAGCAAAACCAAAUUCUUGUUCAGAGAAUCUCAGAGCGUAGCAUCAUCCACGGUGGAAAUCGCUACUACUUUUCCUGUGGCAAAAUGUCCUGGAAUGAUGCUGAGCAGUACUGUGUAUUGAAGGGCUCCCACCUGGUCUCAGUGACUUCAGUGGAACAACAGAAAUUUCUUUAUGAAAAAGCCAAUGGUACCUACUAUUGGAUAGGACUGAGUAACCAAAAUGCUUUAGGCUGGCAAUGGACCGAUGGGACCCCAUAUGAUGAAGCGCAAAGCACAGAGUUCUGGGCCAAUGAGAAACCAAGCAAUGAAAAAGAAGAUUAUAACUGUGCCCAUUUCUGGGCAAAGACACAAAAAUCAUGGAAUAAUUACAUUUGCACAUUUUCUUGCAGGUUUAUCUGUAAGUGGAACUGUGAGUCAUCUAGGCUGUGCCCAAACAUAUAAACAUCUGGCACCUGAAUGCUGCUGACCCCCACCCCAGAAGCAAUGGGGCAGAUAGCAGACAUUGGAGUUUAUGGGUGCCGUUUUCCUUUCCAAUAUCAAGUUCCCCCAAAGGAACCUAGAAGACUAUGCAAUGUCUGAUCGCUUGUGCCGAAUGAUGUCCCUAUGCCUUCAGGCAGCCAUAGACCCUCCUUCGUCUCUUAGUCAUCAUUGCUAGAGCAAUCACCCAGGCUUGUGCCCUCACCAUUCACUCAUUUCUCCAGGUGCCUCUCACAUGUGCAUGCAGUUCCUGCCCAGUCUUCUUUCCUCUUCCCCAGUGAGCUGAGGAACAAAUUUGAAGAGAGGGGCCUGACAGGACUUGCCAGCUGUCCUGCUCCCCCAAGGAGAACAAAUCCUAAGAUUCCUACCUACUGAUCACUAGGUCUGGAAAUCACAAGAUCCCAGCUCACCUUAGCUCUAAAAUACCCCUCAAGGCCAGUCUGGCUCCUUUCUUUGUCCAGGGGCUGGAGGCAAAGAUUGGCUACUUUUAUUUCCUACCGGAGAUGCAGGAAGAGGAAGGCACCCUGUCAGAUUAAAACAUACAUAAACAAUCAAGACUCUAUACUGAACAAGGGGAGGUGAGGGUAUGUGAUUAUAUAGGAAGGGUGGUGUUAUAUAUAAUACAUAUAUAUGUAUAUACAUACAGAUGACAAAUGAGAUUUUGUAUACAUGCAUACACAUAUAGA